AUGUUUGGAGAGAAAGGUCCACCGAAAAGAAUAAAAAUAAACGAAGAAUUGAUCCAAAAAGAGAAGGAUGCGCUUAAUAUUAUUCCUGAAUCCGAUAGCUCACAGAAUUCAAGUUCAGUCCAAAAUCAGGAAACUGUUAAAAAGGAGUCAUCUCCGAUAUCUAACGAAUGUUCAAGUCAACCUUCAAGUCAGCCUUCAAGUCAGCCUUCAAGUCAACCUUCAGAAUCAAAAUUAUUGAGUACUACUCCGACGCCAACAAAUAAAGAUACUAUAUUACUCAACGGUAAGACUUACACGCGUACAAAAUACAUCGGUCGUGGUGGUAGCAGCAAAGUAUAUAAGGUCAUAGAUUCGAAUUCUCAAGUUUUUGCCCUGAAAAAGGUCUCAACUAAGAAGGUGGACGAACAGACUAUUAAAGGCUAUCUCAAUGAAGUUGAGUUAUUGCAAAAGCUAGCUGGAAGAGAUCGUAUAAUAAAAUUAUAUGAUCACGAGGUUAACGUCGAAGAAGGAUAUAUAUUAAUGCUAAUGGAAUGUGGACAAAUUGACUUGGCAAAUUUACUCAAUAGUAAAAAUGGAAAGCCUAUAAAAAUAGAUUUUAUCCGAACAUGUUGGCAGCAGAUGCUCGAAGCUGUCUACACGAUUCAUUUGGAAAAAAUCGUUCAUUCAGAUUUGAAACCAGCAAACUUCAUUAUAACUGAUGGAUCCCUAAAAUUAAUUGAUUUUGGUAUAGCAAGAGCUAUACAGAACGAUACUACAAAUAUUCAUAGGGAGCAACAGGUUGGAACAAUAAAUUACAUGUCACCAGAAGCUAUUCAGGAUUACAAUGCUAAUAAUAAAUCUGAAGGAAAAUUAAUAAAACUGGGGCGUGCAAGCGAUGUUUGGUCUUUAGGCUGCAUUCUUUAUCAACUAGUUUAUGGUCAUACGCCAUUUGCUCAUCUAAACAUGUAUCAAAAAUUCAAAAGUAUUCCUGACCCCGACUACCAUAUCGAGUUUCCUCCGACUUCCAGUUUGAUAUACAAUGCUAAUCAAGCACAUUCAGCUGAUGAAAACAGUAUUAACCAAGACGUUCCGGUUGAUGAAAAUUUGCUGAGAAUUAUGAAAAAUUGUUUGCAAAGAAAUCUUAAAGCCCGAGCCACAAUUCCAGAGUUGUUAGCUGAUCCUUUUCUUAGUGGGUCAUAUGUAAAAGGUAAUCGUCAAUAUUUGGUUUUAAACACAUUGAUUGUUAGAGAUUUACACGGGCCUGUCUAUGUGGGCAG